AUGCCUCCUUUAGGGACCAGUGAUGCCGACAACAUAACCGGCACUUCAUUGACCAAGGCAACAACCAAGGAAUGCAUUGGGUGCAAGCGGGUACUUGCUUUGGAACAGUUUGCCUUGGCUACCAAAGGCAAGGGCAAAGGACUGCCAAAAGCAACUUGUAUGUCUCGUUCUGUACGACAGUCUGAAUGGGCUAAAGAGAAGUACCGUGAAAAAUGGGAUACUGAGAAGGAAAAUACCACCAAUGAACCCACCAAUGAGUCAGCGGCUGCUGGACUUGGUGUUGUAGCACUCGAAGACUUCCUCGCACUUCUCAGCAGACCGUAUUACCAAGUUAAUUUGGGAUAUGAUGAGUUACCGUUGGCUUUAUGGAAUAAAAUCCUCCAGAAGUACCCUAAUCCAACGUUUACGAGGAAGGCUAUCUACCAGAUCUGGUCUAAAAUUGGCAGCCAGCAAUGGAAGCGUGAUGAAGAUGAGAUGGUGUCAGCAAAAAUGCUUCUGGAGUAG